GAAAUUUUGGCCAAGGAUUCUGCAAUGUGGUGGUCAAAAUCCGGGAAAUACCUAGCAUAUCUGACACUGAACGACACGUUGGUGGAUAAUAUUUCGCUAACGUAUUAUCCAGAGAAAGCCGUAUACCCCGUCAUUGUUAGUUUUCCGUAUUCGAAGGUUGGAACGCCGAUUCCUACGGUCACCGUAAAUGUAUGGAACAAGCAGAGCGGUCAGACGACACAGCUCCGACCACCUGAUGAACUAACGAAUGAGGCGGAUGGUUAUUACGUCUUAAGGGUAUCGUGGGUGAACACAGCUUCGAACGAAGAAGUUUUCGUUGCAUGGGCAAACCGCGUUCAGAAUUUGGUCUACCUGACGACCUGUUCGGUGGAUACCGGGAACUGCGCCAAGAAUUUUCAACAAAACUACACGGACUACUGGGCGCAACCGUCGAGCUUCGAUCUGACGCAAGGCGCAGCGAGUGAAUACUUUCUUCUCCUGCCCGAAGAACAGGACGGAAACUUUUUCUCUCAUGUUUCAGCCCUGCCACCAAGCACAAGGAAAACGGAUUCUCCAACGUUUCUAACAAAUGGCGCCUUUGAAGUAAAUAAAAUCGUUGGAUACAACAAAGAGUCCGAAAAACUCGUGUCGAUGGCAAAAAACGAAAAAGGAGUGAGCAUGUGCCUCACUUGCGAUUUAAAGAAGAAAUGCGGCUACGUGAAUGUAUAUUUUUCUCCAGCUGGAACGUACUAUAUGCUCGAGUGCCGGGGGCCUGGAAUACCGUAUUCAGAUGUGGUUGUUACUGCCACCCAAAAAUCCGUCUUCACGAUCGAAAAUAAUGAUCGACUACAUGAAUACAUGAAGCAUAAGAAGAUGCCCUUAGUUCGAUUCCAGGAAAUUCCGUUGAACGACAAUUACAAAGCAAUAGUGAAGUACGUCUUGCCACAUGAUUUCUACGAAAGCAGCAGCGUGAAACAUCCGCUAAUCUUAAAAGUGUAUGCUGGUCCCGACAGUCAAGCUGUUACCGACACGUGGCUCUUCCGCAGUAAGCAAUCAGCGUUCGAAGCCUCCAUGACAUCGGAAAGAAAAUACGCAGUGGUUUACAUAGACGGUAGGGGGUCGGCUAACAGAGGCAGUAAGUACUUGAAGCCGGUGUACAAAAAUCUUGGUGUCCACGAGACCGAGGAUCAGAUCAACGCGUUCAAAAAAAUUCUUUCAAACGAGAACUUUAGCAAGACGGACACCGCCGUCUGGGGCUGGUCGUACGGCGGAUUUUCAACUGGCAAGAUUGCCGAAAUGGACGGCUUCAAAACUUUCAAAUGCGCUUCUUCCGUCGCCCCGGUGACCUACUUUGUUUAUUAUGGUAAGUCGUAA